AUGUAUGCCAGCAAACGUCGCCAGCGGAACUUCAAACGUGUUCGAGAGCCGACGAAGCCUUCAACUACCUCAAAUCCUUCAAAACGACAUCGAGAGCGACUGAAUGGCGAAUUGGAGACUGUUGCUCAAUUAUUACCAUAUGAUCAUCAAACGAUCAGUCGAUUGGAUAAGCUGAGUGUUCUCCGAUUAGCUGUGAGCUUUCUACAAGCUAAAGCUCAUUUCCAAGCAUGUCAUCAUCAAACUUCUACUUAUAUGGGUCAAUUUCCAUUAGCCACACAUAAUUAUUCAUUUGUUGCUCGUCCUGCUCUACCUUACUCAUCAACUAUUCCAACUGUUUUCCAUCCACCCGUUGGUCAUGCCCUUAUUGAUCCAAAGGAGCCAGACUUCGAGACAAUUAGCAUGAAAGCUUUGGGAGGCUUUCUUUUGAUCAUCAAUGACAAUGGAGAGAUAUAUUAUGCGUCAGAGAACGUUGAACAGUUCUUGGGAUUUCAUCAAUCGGACAUCCUUCAUCAGCCUUUGUUUGAUUUGAUCCAUUCCGAAGAUCGCGAUGAUAUUCGUCAACAGCUUGAUGUUACCUUUGGAUUGCCACCCACUACAACAACAUCCUUAACUCAUCAGGAGAUAUUUUUACCUGAAAACUUGUGUUACUUGGAGAGGAACGUUAAUGCUCGUUUUCGAUGCUUAUUAGACAACACUUGUGGAUUUCUAAGAAUAGAUAUGAGAGGAAAGCUGAUGGCAAUCCAUGGAUUACCGUCUUCUUAUGUUUUGGGAAGAUCAACGACUGGACCUGUUCUAGGUUUAGCUGUUGUUUGCACUCCGUUCGUUCCACCAACAUCUGAAUCUCCGCCUGAAGAUAUGAUCUUGAAAACGAAACAUCAUUUGGACGGAGCUCUAGUUUCCAUGGAUGAAAAAGUUCAUGCUAUGCUGGAAUUAUCAGAAAAUGAAUUGCCAAUGAGCUUUUAUCAAUUAAUACACGUUGAAGAUGCUUUCUGUUUAGCUGAAGCUCAUAAAGAAGUUUUGAAAAAUGGAUCCUCGGGUUUAUUAAUAUAUCGAUUGAUCAGUUCAAAAUCUAAAAGAACUUAUUUUGUUCAAAGUAGUUGCCGUAUGUUUUACAAAAAUGGAAAACCGGAAUCAAUCGGCUUGACACACCGCUUGCUCAAUGAAGUUGAAGGCACGAUGCUGUUAGAGAAAAGAUCAUCGCUGAAAGCAAAGCUUCUUUCUUUCGAUGAUUCAUAUCUUCAAUCACCCAGAAAUCUUCAAUCAGCUGCUGCAUUACCCAUCCCAGCAACAAAAGAAGAAUUUCCCGAUGACGACAGUUUCAACUUUACUUCUAAUAUCAAUCAGCCAAACUCAAAUCUGAGAACAAAGAAACAACGAGAUGAUCAGUUGGCUGUGUCUAUUGCAACGCCGACCGCUCUUGUCCCCAAGAUUCCGAACGAACAAUGGCAUUUCAUUCAACCGCCUGUCAUGUCCGAAUUCGCAACAGCUUUACCAUUUCCACAUCAUUUGCAUCCAGCAGUUGAUCAGCAUGGAUGGAACUCGAAUGAUAUGUGGAACAAUCAGGAAAUUUACUCAUAUCCUGCUCCACAACGGAAUAUUCCAAUUGCUAAUCCAACAUAUCCUGUUGUGUCGACUGUUCAGACAAGCGUUCCAUCUAUGCAGCUUCAUCCAUUGCAUGGUUAUACCGAUUUAGACUAUCAAUGGCAUGCGAAUCAAUCGAUCAGUAUGCAACCGACAUCAACAUCAUUACAAGACAUGCCAAACGAUAUGACAACUUCGGCUACUGUCUACUCUCAUAAGAUAGAUCCUCGAUAUGGAUAUUUAGAAUAUGGAAAGGCUCCAAUAACAAACUAUCCAGCAAUAUCAGCUGUGUUAUCGGCCAAUACAUCAUCAACGGGCUUCAACUUGAUUUCGGAAGUAACAAACACCUUAUUGGGACAAUAA